UCAAACUCAAAUCAAACCCUUAAACCCACCUAAAACCUUCAAGAAGAUAUACUUCCCAAAAGUCACUUAAAAUGGUUUCUCAUACACUUUUGGUUAUGUCAAUAUCCCUCUUUCUUUGUUUAAACAUAUUGCUUGUUGUACACGCUAAAGAUUUCAACCAAGACAUUGACAUAACCUGGGGUGAUGGUAGAGGAAAUAUUUUGAACAAUGGUACUCUUCUAAAUCUCGGUCUUGAUCAAUCUUCGGGAUCAGGGUUUCAAUCGAAAGCCGAGUAUUUGUACGGAAAAGUCGAUAUGCAGAUCAAACUUGUCCCGGGAAAUUCAGCCGGGACCGUGACCACCUUCUACUUGAAGUCUCAAGGAUUAACAUGGGACGAGAUAGAUUUCGAGUUUUUGGGGAAUGUUAGUGGAGAUCCAUACAUUGUUCACACUAAUGUUUACACUCUAGGCAAAGGUGAUAGAGAGCAACAAUUCUACCUUUGGUUCGAUCCAACAGCCGAGUUCCACAACUACUCCAUUCUAUGGAAUCCGAGUCACAUAGUGUUCUAUAUUGAUGGGAAGCCAAUUAGAGAAUUCAAGAAUUUGGAAGCAUUGGGUGUGGCUUAUCCAAAGAACCAACCCAUGAGAAUGUAUGGUAGUCUAUGGAACGCAGACGAUUGGGCCACGAGGGGAGGUUUGGUUAAGACAAACUGGUCACAGGGACCAUUCGUAGCCUCUUUCAUGAACUACAACUCCGAGAAUGCUUGUGUUUGGUCCAUCGUUAAUGGAACCACAACUACUUCUCCUUGUAGCCCCGGUGGCUCGUCUUCUUCUUCGAGCAGUAGUAGCGAGUGGUUUUCACAGAGAGGGAUGGAUUCUUCAAGCAAGAAAGUUCUUAGAUGGGUUCAGAGGAAGUUCAUGGUUUACAAUUAUUGUAAGGACAAGAAGCGUUUCUCUAAGGGUUUGCCUGUUGAAUGCACUGCUAAGAACAAGAACACAAAGUCUUGAGUCAGUUUUUUUUUGUCUGUUUUUUUCUUACGCAUUUAAUGAGUUUUAGGGUCUUGGUUUCUGUUAAGAUCAUUUGUUGUGAUUUGUUCAUUGUGUGGUUAUACGUUUAAUGAGAAAAAUUUUGUGGUAAAAGAGGUGAAAAAUUUGUUGACAAACUUUCUUUCUUCAAUCCAAAAAAUGAAGAAAAUUUACUUAU